CCUUGAUUCUCAGUGAAUAGAUAGAAAAGCUUCGCGACUGGUGGUGGAAAAGGCAUACUGGAGGAGUAAGAGUUCGGAUGGUUGUAGAGCGACGACGAUAUGCCCGCAGUUAUGGUAACGACUCUCUUUGACUGCAAUGAUGUUUUAUAUAAGAAAUCUAACAACAUAAACACGCACAAAACAGUCUUCCCGCUGGACAGGAGACCAGUCAGUCCACCAGUCAUCAACUUUCAAACUUUCAGAAGGAAUUCUGCCAAUCCUUUAACAAAUGUAAACAUCAGUCCACCGUCACCCACGUCACUCGGUAUGCGUCAGAAGCCAGAUUCCCCUGGGUUAUCAGUAUGUACUAAUUCUAUACCGAAUAUGUGUACUUCCAACAAUAUUUUCAAUUUAUCCAGCGGUGGGCGAGAGCUCCGUAAGCUUGACCGAACAAUUAGUGACCCCGUGGAUAGAAGCAGUGUCCAAGCCAAGCCUAAUCAGACCAAUUCUACCCGCUACAAGACUGAAUUAUGUCGUCCAUUUGAAGAAAACGGAACAUGUAAGUAUGGAGAUAAAUGUCAGUUUGCCCAUGGAAUGCACGAGCUUCGUACCCUAGCCCGACAUCCUAAGUACAAAACGGAGUUGUGUCGUACAUUCCACACAACCGGGCUGUGUCCAUAUGGUUCCAGAUGUCACUUCAUACAUUAUAGUGAAGAAACAAGAAAGAAUCUACUGUCUAAUUUUCAACUAGGUAUGCACAACUUUGGCCAGAAUGAAUGCUCCUCUGCUGACGUGACUGUUAUUUCGAGACCGAAAGCCUUGUCCCUCGGCAGUUUUAGUCUAGAUUCGGCUGGAGAACUCUCGCCACCGUCCAGUAUGAGCGGAAGUCCAACUUCUGUGAAUAGCUUUUUUAACGACGAUACCUUUGGGAACUUUUCGCCAACUUCACAAACCCAUGCCCCGUCGAAUGGUAACACGGCAUUUUCAUUUUCUCAAGAUUUUACGUCAAUCGUGUCACCUCCGCAACAACAAGAUCAUUUACCGAUUUUUGGAGGGUCGCAGCCAAGUUUGACACCUGCCAUGUUUACAGGGAAGAGCCUAAAUUGCGAAAUAAUGGAUUCUAUCGCUCGUGAUCCUCCAGCCCCAUCGUCGCCAGUGGAUUCUAUCACGUCGGAGCUGGACGGGGUUAGUCUGGCUAGUAGUCCCGGGACGGCUACAUGCAGUUCCCCUCUGGAUGUCAGUCGUGGUCUUUUUCGCCUUCCAAUUUUCAGCAGUUUGGCCAGCUUCGAUUAAGUCUUCAGCAGUUUGGCCAGCUUCGAUUAAAAAAGAUACUUUGUAUAUUAGAGGUUUCGCAUGAAACGUACAGUUUUAGGACCAACGCAACUCUAGUUCUCAGUUAAGCCUAAAAGCUUUAAGGUUGUUUAUUAUGCAAAUAUUACAAUAUGUGAGAAUUCAGUUUUAUUUCAUGAAUAUUCAUG